ACUUGUAUGACUUUGAAAUGAAAAUCACAACGUCACCGUUCUACUCUUGAAAAACACCGUCGUUUCGUUGACAAGGAAAUCAAAGCCACGGCCCCUUACUAGUAAAUAAAAUUUAUAAAACUAAAAAGACCUUGAGGGUUCAAAGAAAGAGCAAACGCAUAGUUAACAAUCAGCUCCAAAAACUCGAUCAACUCUGCAAAUUCUCUCAGCUACUGCUGCUUCUGCUUCUGCUUCUGCUUCUGCUUGAACAUGACGACCAAGUACAUUCUACCAGCUGUUGCGGGAUCUAUUGCAAUUGCAUUCACUUGUGACUAUUUUAUUGCUGACAGGAAGAUAUUUGGAGGUACUACCCCAGGCACUGUUUCGAACAAGGAAUGGUUUGAAGAAACCGACAAGAAGUUCCAGGCUUGGCCUCGUACUGCGGGUCCCCCUGUGGUCAUGAACCCCAUCAGUCGCCAGAAUUUCAUUGUCAAGUCUCGCACUGAAUCUUGAAGAUCCACGUUUACUCAUUCUUUCUCAAUCAGUUUCUUUCCAUUGGCUAAUGGUGCUUUAAAUAAAAUCUCUUCAGAGUUUUUUCCCAUUUAUCUUUAUUUUAAAAUAAUAUAUUAAAUAAUAUCCUCUUUGGAAAAAUAUUUCCUAAAA